CCUUCACGUCCAGUCCGACUCCACAUCCUGCUAGGCUCCUCUCCGCAGCGCAGCAACUAUGGCCCUGCUCAAGUCCAACAAGGUGAUCCUCUGCCUGGGCAACAUCUCCCCGGCCCUGGGAGCUCUGUCCAGCCGCAACAGCUCAUGGUGGGCUGGAGUGCAGAUGGGUCCCCCUGAUCCCAUCCUGGGGGUCACAGAGGCCUUCAAGCGGGACACCAACCCAAAAAAGAUGAACCUCGGUGUAGGAGCCUACAGAGAUGACAUGGGGAAGCCUUUUGUGCUCAGCUGUGUUCGUAAGGCGGAGGCUUUGAUUGCAGCCAAACAGCUGGAUAAGGAGUACCUUCCCAUUGGCGGUCUGGCUGAGUUUUCCAAGGCCUGCGCCCAGCUGGCGCUUGGAGGCGACAGUGAGGUGUUGAAGAGUGGCAGAAGCAUCACUGUCCAGACCAUCUCAGGAACCGGAUCCUUGCGCAUUGGGGGCAAUUACUUGGCUCGGUUCCAUACAGGUCCACAUGACGUGUACCUGCCCAAACCCUCCUGGGGAAACCACACACCUAUCUUCAGAGACGCCGGCAUGCAGCUCAAAGCGUACAGAUACUACGACCCCUCCACCUGCGGCUUCGACUUCAAAGGAGCCCUUGACGACAUCUCUAAAAUCCCAGAGAAGAGCGUGAUUUUGCUGCACGCCUGUGCCCACAACCCCACCGGCGUGGAUCCCAAGCCAGAGCAGUGGAAAGAGAUAGCCGACAUUGUGAAGAAAAGGAACCUGCUGGUCUUCUUCGACAUGGCGUACCAGGGCUUCGCCAGCGGUGACAUCGAUCGUGACGCCUGGGCCGUCCGGCACUUCAUCGAGACGGGCCACAACAUCGUGCUGUCUCAGUCCUUCGCCAAGAACAUGGGACUGUACGGUGAACGUGUGGGAGGCUUCACGGUGGUGUGCAGCGACGCGGAAGAGGCAAAGAGAGUCGAGUCCCAGCUCAAGAUCCUGAUCAGGCCAAUUUACUCCAACCCACCGAUGAACGGCGCCAGGAUCGCUUCGACCAUUCUCAAUACACCAGAUCUGCGCUCUCUCUGGCUGGAGGAAGUCCAUGGCAUGGCCAACCGCAUCAUUAAGAUGAGGGAACAGCUGGUGACGGGUCUGAAGCAGCAGGGCUCCUCCCACAACUGGCAGCACGUCAUUGAUCAGAUCGGCAUGUUCUGCUUCACAGGCCUCAAACCCGAACAGGUUGAGCGCCUGACGAAGGAGUUUUCGGUGUACAUGACCAAAGACGGCAGGAUCUCCAUGGCGGGCGUGUCCUCCGGGAACGUGGGCUACCUGGCGGAGGCGAUCCAUGCCGUCACCAAGUAGAGCAGCUCUUAUUAGAACAACAGAAUCAAAGCUGCUGUGUUGAGGAGCUUUUCGUGUCACUCCUCUGUUCCACCUUCAGAGGAGGGAUCGAUAUUUAGUUUUACUUUUUUCUCUUCUGGAUUUGGUCAUGAUUUCAACAUGGAAAGGUUAUUUGUGUUCUGCAAACUUCCACUGAACUGAUCCCCUAUGCCAUGUUUAAAACAUUUAUGACUGAGCUGAUUAUCUGUAUUUAUUCUGAGGAAUCAGCUGCUGGCUCUGCACUUCUAUCCCUCUGAAUGUUUUGCUCUUGACACUCGUGCGUUACGCUCAUACUUUGAGAUGAUGCAUGUAAGCUUCUGGUGCAAGGUGAGAUCUCUGUUGCUUUGUGAAAGUCUUUAGAAAAUAGUUUUUUUUUGUAAAUUUACAUUAGUGGUGUUGAAGCACUUUAUCAAAUCCAUUACCCAAUUUGAGUUGUUGCUGGGCUUUACUGUAAGAAUAGCACUUAUCAGAUCAUCAUUUCCCUGUAAUUUCAUCAAAUACGGUUAUUUAGUCUGUCUUUAAAAUGGCUCCGUUAUCUCCUUUGUAUUCGGUGCUUUUCCUCUAGAUUUGUGAAUCUUCAGUUUUCGUUCACAGAGCAGCAGUCUCUCGGUUGCUCCUUCUGAAAACCUUCUAGUUAAAAAUAUGAGCACAAAAGUCGAGAGUAAAACGGAAGCAUGGAGUGUAAGCCACACUGGAUGUACCGGUAGCUAAAUUAUGUAUGGGUAUUUUUCACAUUUCAUCAACCCAUGAAACUUAAGCCCAUUCUAAUAAAAACACCAUUACUGUCUAUCUACCCAGAUCCAGAUGGCAUUUAGAAAUGUGGUCAUGUUUGCUCAUAUUUCUGGGACUUUGUCUCCAUGCUCGGCAUCCUGUCUGAAUCUAAACAUCAUGUCAUCAGGUCAUCCACCUUACUGAACAAACAAUAAAUCCUUCCAGAGAA